AUGUCGCGCUCGCCUACUACCUCCCCGAGACCAUCGCCGUCGCCGGAGGACAACCCCGAACGCUCGAUAGACCACCCUCGUCCUUCGCGCUACACCUACAAACAACUAAAGCUCCUGCGACAAAGCUCAACAGCAACGCCACUCCGUGUUAUCGCGCAUAUCGAUCUUGAUGCCUUCUACGCGCAAUGCGAAAUGGUCCGUUUGGGGACGCUGCGGGAGACACCCCUGGCGGUUCGCCAGUGGGAUUCGUUAAUCGCUGUCAAUUAUCCCGCACGGGAUUCGGGGAUAACUAGGAUGAUAUCAGCGACUGAGGCGAAGAAGCUCUGUCCGGAUAUUGUGCUACAGCAUGUCGCAACGUUUAGAGAAGGCGAGGGCGGGAAAUGGGCGUAUAGGGAGGACGCGUUUAAGAAUAUUGGGAUGGAUAAAGUGUCGUUGGAUCCGUACCGGGCGGAAUCGCGCAAGAUUCUUGCGGUAAUGAAGGAGGAGGCGUAUAGGUGGCAUGCGGCUGUAACUGGUGAAAACGGCGCUGGGACUGAGACGUCAGCACCACCCUUCAAGGUUCAGACGCAGCUCCCCAGCGUUGAAAAGGCGAGUAUCGAUGAAGUGUUCAUCGACUUGUCGCCGUUGGUAUUUGGUGCUUUGUUGCAGAGAUAUCCCGAGCUGCGGACUGAGGCCCUUGGUGAAGACCGGGGAGCACCAUUACCUUGUCCUCCCACAACAGCGCUGGAAUGGAACGCUGAGGACUGCCUGAUCGAUUUGGACGUAAACGAAACCGAAGUCGAUGAUCCAGAUUGGGAUGAUAUUGCAAUGCUGAUAGGCUCUGAGAUCAUACGGUCUGUUCGCACCGCUGUCUGGAACCAUCUCAGUUUUACUUGCUCUGCUGGUGUCGCUAGAAACAAGAUGAUGGCCAAGUUAGGGAGCGGCUGUAACAAGCCCAAUAAACAGACCGUGGUCCGGAACCGUGCCGUCCAAAAUUUCCUGGGCGGGUUCAAAUUUACCAAGAUCCGAAUGCUGGGCGGCAAGUUGGGAGACCAAAUUGUUGCUCAUUUUGGAACGGAGCAGGUUAGUGACCUGCUGAAUGUAUCACUGGAACAGCUUCGAUCCAAGCUAGACGACGGUACGGCCAACUGGCUCUACGGCAUUAUUCGCGGCGAGGACAGAAGUGAGGUCAAUUCGCGGACCCAAAUGAAGUCCAUGUUAUCGGCAAAGUCAUUCAGACCAAGUAUCAAUUCUGUAGAGCAGGCAGAAAAGUGGCUACGCAUUUUUGCAGCUGAUAUCUACAACCGUCUCGUUGAAGAUGGCGUGCUUGAAAACAGACGCCGUCCAAAGAUCGUCACUCUGCACCAUAGACAGGGUGCUCAGGUCCGCUCUCGUCAGAUCCCGAUUCCUGGCGCGAAGCCUAUUGAUGAGGCUACUUUGUUUGAUCUUGGCAGCACCUUGCUAUGGCAAGUUAUUGAGGAUGCUAGCGCAUGGCCAUGUGCGAACCUAUCGUUGAGUGUUGGCGCAUUCGAGGACGGGGUCACCAAAAACCGGGCAAUUGAUGGGUUUUUGCUUCGUGGGAAACAGACUAAGACGAAUGCGGGCUAUUCGACGAGGGAUGUCGUAACUGUGGAUAUGACAGAGGAGCAACCCUUCAAUGUGAAGCGAAGAAAAGUUGAAGAGAACGGCAUCAGACGCUUUUUCACCAGCCCCUCAGCUGCUGAUCCUGAAGUCCCCUUAAACGAGCAACCGCAACCUGAAGCUUCGGGGCCAACGAACUCGACGGAAGCAGUUUCGCAGGCAAUUCGCGAUGGCAGGCCGAAUUCCGGGCCCGAGGGUUCUUUAGACUUGCCUGGCGACGUUCCGCGCGAUUUUUAUCUCUGUGACGACUGCAACCAACCGAUUUCGGAAGAUGACAGGACCGAACAUGAUGAUUGGCAUUUUGCUAAAGAGCUGGAAAUGCAGGAAAGAGAAGCAGCGAAGGCCCCUGUCUCGCUACCACGCCCUUCAAGCCAUCCCUCGAAUAUUAAUGCCCGUAGUCGAGGUGGCCGCAACAGUCGUAGCAGCAGCAAGACAGAAAAGGGACAAACGCGACUUACAUUUGGGUAG